AUGGACUCUACAGAUCAUAAUCCAUCCACCAACGCGAAAGAACCUGAAGAUUCCACCUGGCAAAACAGGAGCAGUUUGAUUGAUCGGCUAUCAUCCCCCAAUGCUACAACACUGUCCAACAAGAACCUAUCAAGCAAACCUACUGACAAAGCAGUAACUACCAAAGCCUCUAACAACCAGAACAUAAGACAACACUUCAAAACAAACAGAGAAGCCCACGAAACUGUUCAACAACGAGCUCUAAGCAAAUAGGAGAAAAGCACGAUCUAAGACUCUAUAAACGUCUUCUUUACAUAUUUCUCUAUUCACCUUGCCUAUACCUCUUCUUCUUUCUAAGCACUAUAUAUAAAAGAAAGCAUAGUCUCGCUUGCUUCUAGGUACAUAAACACUUCAAUCAUGUUUUAUUCACUUGUAUUUGAGUUAUUUCUAAUGAAAAUAAAAAUUCUAGUUGCUUG